AUGCUGAACAUCACGAUAGGAACACUCACUGCAACUUCCGUUCCGAGCGGCCAUCGACCUCCCAGCGCUACUGCCAAUCGACCCGACUCUCCUUCCUCACGACGAGAUAACCUUGAUGCUAUUGGCACAGUCUUGUCUCCCCAGACCACACGAGCGAAGAGACCAAGCACCAUGCGAAGAGUGUCAACCAUCAGAAAACAACUUCCUCAUAGGGGUGAACAAUUUUCAGUUGAUGAUGAUCCGUCAGAGGUAGAAAUCGACCGCGUCCCUACAACUCCUACCCAACCGGCUUUUCCCACCAGUCGCCACCAGUCAACGGUGCGCCGCCGGACCCAGGCCAAUGUAGGAACUUUACCUCGUGUUGAUUCGGCAGAAGAAGAGACCGAGGAACUAAUGACCAAUGAACCCGAAGCUGAACAACCCACCGGGGAACCUGAGGAGCAAGACUUGCCCGAGGAAAUUGACCAGGGAGACUUAGGCGACUCUGAGGAACAAGAUCUUAGCGAUGCAGAGAGUUUCACCUUGAGAGACCGCCAACUUGCGAUUAAUGAGACGCAUCCCUUCGGUAUAAGAAUAUGGAAGCCUGCCUUAUACAAGAAGAAUCGCUCGGUCGAGAAAACCGCCGAAGAAGACAUCCACUCAUCGCCCAGCCAGAUUGUCAGUCAUUGGUUAUGGGUAUUCAACUGGCUGUGGACCGUCUUCUUUGGCUGGUGGUUGGCUCUUGCAGCCUUGAUUGCCGCUCUCGUCUGUUUCCUCUUUGCAUUUGACCCUAGUGCGGCGGCCUAUGGCAGAGUCUUCUGGUCUCUGGGAGGCUAUCUCUUCUGGCCCUUCGGCAAGUUUGUGAAGCUAGAGCAAGACGAGAAUUAUGUUGAGGAAGAUGAAGGCGAGGGUCGAAGCGUCAGCGAGUACGAACGAUGGCAAAGUGGGGACCUCGAGUAUGGUCGUCUCAUGUUCGGUCCCACCAUUACCCAUACUGGUUCCAUCGUUGGACGACAUAGAAACAGUAUUGACUCAGCCAGCGAAACAGACAGCCUGCUGGCUCGAAGUGGGCGUAGCGAUCGACAGGACACUUCGACAAACACCAGGACAAAACGACGUCUUUUCGGCCGUGGCCAAUGGACUCUGGGAAGAGUCAUCUUCUUCGUCUUCUUCUAUUUCUACGUUGCUCCACUCAUGCUUCUUGUCUCGAUGAUCUGCUGGUUCAUGGUUUUCUGGAUUCCCAUGGGUCGAGUUACACUGAUCUUGUUCUAUCACCUCAGGAAGCGACCACUAUCCCUGACCUUCCAUCGCGACGUCUCUUAUGCCCGAAGUUCCACCACGCCCUCUUCUAUCAUCAUUUGCACUUAUCGUGCAGUGGGAACGAAAUACUGGAAGUACACCAUUGAUGGGACGAAUAUCUUUCUGAUCAACUUCCUCGCCGUCGUAGUCUUCGUUAUUCUGGACUACUUCAUCUUGGACGUGGCGCUCGGCCUGAACAUCUGGCUCACUAGUCCAGCGCUUCUCUUCACCUUGGCUCUGAUCUCCAUCAUCCCCCUGGCGUAUUUCAUUGGCCAGGCCGUGGCAUCCAUUUCAGCGCAAUCGUCAAUGGGCAUGGGAGCUGCCGUGAAUGCCUUCUUCUCAACCAUCGUGGAAGUUUAUCUCUACUGCAUCGCGCUAAACGAGGGCAAAGGGAAACUGGUGGAAGGUAGUAUCAUUGGCAGCAUAUUUGCUGGUAUUUUGUUAUUGCCUGGACUUUCAAUGUGCUUCGGUGCUAUCAAACGCAAGACUCAACGUUUCAAUGUCAAGUCUGCUGCCGCAACGUCGACCAUGUUACUAUUUGCUGUCAUUGCAGCCUUCGGGCCAACUCUGUUCUACAAGAUCUACGGCAGUCAUGAAUUGAUCUGUAAGACCUGCUCAGCUGCGGAUAUGGGAAGUCCCCGCGACUGCAGACAAUGCUAUUUCAGACAGGUGCCGGCCAUCUCGGACGAGUUCUUUGUUAAGGCUGUGCAGCCUUACUGCUGGUUUGCUGCGGUCCUGCUGUUCUCUUCCUAUAUCAUUGGCCUCUUGUUCACACUUCGCACCCAUGCUGCCAUUAUCUGGACCACUGAGGCUGACGAAAAGAAACCGCCGCGAGGGGGCCCUCAAACGGUUGAAGUCAGCCCCACGGAUACUCGGCAUCACAGUGUUGGAAAUUCCCAGCUGCUUCCUAACCCACCAAACGUAUCUCACAUCCCACGAGCGGCGAUAAGGGAGUCGCAGUUGUACAAACGAAUUCUUGGGCAAUCCUUGAGAUCGACUGGGCUUCCGGCGGAUGGUGAAGUUUCAACCGAGCGAGAAGUACGUCCCCUCUCCAAAGCUGAUCCACAAAUUCAAGCGAUCGACCAUCAGGCCAAAGCGGAUCUGCCUUUCAUGGUUCCUCCCAAAUCAAGUCAUGGAUCUGAAAGCUUUCAAAGUCCUGUCAUGCGCCCAGUCGUUCCUGGCUUGUCCGAGGAGGAUAACAACAACCUGGUCCGUCAAGUUGCUGAAAUUGCAGCCACUGCAGCUACCGUUGCAGCCAGAGAUGCAGUAAACCAUCCGCGAUCGACUGCUUACCAAGUUAGCCACUCCUAUAAAUCAGACACAGUCAAGUCCUCCCGACCCCCCGCAAUCAGACAGAGUACCACACUCGAUGCCACACCCGCGCAUGCGGCAGCAGAAUUUCCCGCUCAAGCUGGGGCGGAAGGCGGUGGCGGACAUGAUGCUCCAAACUGGUCACGUACCAAAUCAUCGGUGAUCUUGUUAACUGCUACUAUAGCUUAUGCCAUUGUCGCCGAGGUUCUUGUCAACACGGUCGAUGUUGUGCUUACCUCGGUUGAGAUUGAUGAGAAGUUCCUGGGAAUUACGCUGUUCGCUUUGGUUCCCAACACAACGGAAUUCCUCAAUGCCAUCUCGUUCGCAAUGAACGGCAACAUUGCAUUGAGUAUGGAAAUUGGGUCAGCAUAUGCGUUACAGGUCUGCUUGCUCCAGAUCCCGGCAUUGGUUCUAUUUUCAGCAGUACACGGGAACUAUAUUGAUCCCAACGAACUUAUUGAUCAUACUUUCAAUCUCAUAUUCCCCCAAUGGGACAUGGUGACGGUGAUCCUUUGCGUGUUCUUGCUCAGCUACAUGUCGGGUGAAGGCAAGAGCAACUACUUCAAGGGAAGCAUUUUAGUGCUUACCUAUUUAGUUGUGCUGAUGGGAUUCUUCUACAGUGGAUUCACCACGUUGAUGAUGGGCGGUGAUCCCAAUGACACACUCGCCAUCAUGUCAAGCAUGGCGUUCCAAUAUCGGGAGGCUGGAGGAGUUGGGAUGGGCGCCACGACCACUGGACGAGAGUUAUAA